AUGGACAUCAGAGAGCACAAAGCUGGCAAUGUCCAGCCCUAUGGUGGGCGCAACAAGAUUCCCAACAUCCAGGAGUUCAUGUCCCACCUCGAUCGCGAGAAGAAGGACCGCGAUGCCGCUAUUGACAGCGACCUGUCCAAGAACAAGAAAGCCGGUGAGGUGGCAGAUCACAAGAACGACGAUGAAAAGGCAAGAAAAAAGCACGAGGAUACCCGCACAGUCAGGGAUCCCGUCACCGGCAAAGAUGUCGAGAUCCGUGAUGUUAAACUGGACUUUGGUGAGGCUGUCGACAAUCCCAAGAUGUCCGUGCCGAAUGGAAACCUCGGGAAAGAAGCCACCAUAUCUGCCAAGGCCAACCAAUCCGGCGAGGAAUACAGAUACGCUCAGGAUGUGACAGCACCUCCUGAUCCCGUCCAGGAAGGUUCGACGUCCGAUGUGCCCAUCCGCAGCGAAAAGACGUCGGUGCUCUUCUACCAGACCCCCUCGGUCAGCUACGAGCCCAUGUUCGCCAACCUGGAGAGGCGGGGUAACUUGCUCUGCGCCGGCAUCUUCGCGGCCAUCAUAUUCGUAGGCAGCUUCUUUGGCGGACGGCUCCUGGGCCUGCUUCCCCUGGCAUUCUGCAUCGCCUCGGGUGUGUGGCUCUGGAUCAAGGACCUCAUCCGUCAGGGUCGCGACAACGAGUGGGCCAGCGAGCAGAGCAGGGGGGAGACGGCCACGGUCAACCUGAUCCCCGAAUCGGUCGAGUGGAUGAACACCAUGAUCGGCAUCGUCUGGGGUCUCGUCAACCCGGAGAUGUUCGCUAGCAUUGCCGACACGUUGGAAGACGUCAUGGCCGCCUCGGUGCCCGGCAUCAUCGAGGCCGUCCGCGUGGCAGAUAUCAGCCAGGGGAACAAUCCCAUCCGCAUCCUCAACAUCAGGGCCCUUCCCGACUCGCACGUCGAGGACAUCAAGGAUGAGAUACGCAAGAAGAACGAGGAGGCAGGCAUGGACGAGCACGAGAUGGCGGCCAACGAGCAGGCCGGCGACUUUUACAACCUCGAGGUUUCCGUCGCCUACCACGCCAAGCCCUCGGGACAGGACGUCAUGUCCAAGGCCCAGAACAUGGGCAUGCAGCUCGUCUUCUACCUGGGUCUCAAGGGCGUCAUCGGCAUUCCGCUGCCCAUCUGGGUCGAGCUGAUCGGUCUCGUCGCCACGGCCCGCGUGCGCGUCCAGCUGACGCCCGACCCUCCCUUCCUCAAGACGGUCACCUUCACCCUCAUGGGCCUGCCCAACGUCCAGGCCGGAUGCACGCCCAUGAUCGAGAGGGGUGUCAACAUCCUCAACCUGCCCCUCAUCUCCAACUUUGUCAACUGGGCCAUCGCCACCGCCGCCGCCAUGUACGUUGCGCCCAAGAGCCUGACCCUCGACCUGGGCCAGAUGCUGUCGGGCGACGACGUCAAGAAGGACACCGAGGCCAUCGGCGUCAUCUUCAUCCGCAUCCACAAGGCCACCAAACUCAGCAAGCAGGACCAGAGGGGCUCCGUCGGCGGCGGGUCCGACCCUUACAUCACCGUCAGCUGGAGCAAGUUCUCCAAGCCUCAGUUCUGCACCCGCGUCGUCCAGGACAACCUCAACCCCGUCUUCGAGGAGACGUGCGGCCUCCUCGUCACCCCGGACCUGAUCCAGGCCGACGAGCAGCUCUCCAUGGAGCUGUGGGACAGCGACCGCUCCUCGGCAGAUGACGUCGUCGGCAAGAUCGAGCUGAGCAUCCAGGACCUCAUCCAGCAUCCCGGCAAGAUGUUCCCCCACAUCUCCAAGCUACGCGGCGAGGGCGCCGACAGCACCAUGCCCGGCGAGCUGCACUGGGAGCUCGGCUUCUUCGGCAAGACCCAGUUCCGCAAGGGCCUCCGCAGCAGGGGCGAGGACCUGAACCUGGCCCCCGAGCUCAGGGACAAGCCUGAGCUGCAGGAGGACAGCAAGAAGAGCGAGGAGGACAAGGCCAAGGACGCCGUCAUGUGCACGCCUCCCGACCCUCUGUGGCCGUCGGGAGUCCUCAGCGUCAUCGUCCACCAGAUCGUCGGGCUGGAGCUGGCCAACAUCAAGGGCAGCGAGGGCAACCGCAAGGGCAGGGAGUACGAGCCUGCGCGUCCCGAGGCCGGCGAGGUCAAGGAGGAGCAGGGCAAGUCGCUGCCGAGCUCGUACUGCACCAUCCUGCUCAACGACGACCUCAUCUACAAGACGCGGUCCAAGGUGGUGUCGUCGCAGCCCAUCUUCAACGCCGGUACGGAACGCUUCAUCCGCGACUGGCGCAGCGCCAUCGUCACCGUGGCCGUCCGCGACUCGCGCAACCGCCAGCACGACCCCAUCAUCGGCGUCGUCCCGCUCAAGCUGUCCGACAUUCUGCAGACGGCGAGCGAGUCGACUCGGUGGUACCCCCUCGACGGCGGCAUCGGCUUCGGCCGCAUCCGCAUCUCGGUGCUCUUCCGGUCGUGCGAGCUCAGGCUGCCGCCGGCGCAGCUGGGGUGGGACAUCGGCACGUUCGAGUUCCUAUCGGACCAGAUCACGGUGGAGCGGUACAGGCCGACCCAGAAGGCCAAGCUUCUCCUGCGCACCGGCGGGUCGUCGGCCAAGGUGAAGAAGUCGCACAUGACCAAGACGGACGACGGCAGCACAUUCGACAUCCGCGGGGCCGUGGGGAUCGACGACAAGGACGACGACGGCGACGACGGCAAGAGCAGCCGCAGCGCCAAGAGCAGCAGCAAGAAGAGCGCCGACGGCAACAAGCGGAUCCGGCUCCCCGUGCGUCACCGCUACCGGUCCCCGAUCUUCAUGGAGUUCCGGCCGGGCGGCAAGCGGCGCAGCGACGCCUUCGCGUCCCUGUGGCUGGUGGACCUCGUGGACGGCGAGGAGCGCGAGUUCGACAUCCCGCUGCUCCGCGUGGACAACAGCCUCCGCCUGGCGCAGAGCUACAUCACCGACGCCAACUACCGCGACAUCCCCGACCUCGACGCCGAGGAGAUAGGGCGCGUCAAGUUCCGGGGCCGCUUCUCCCCGGGCACGGACCGGGACCACAUCCGCUUCGUCAGCGACAACGACUCUCGCGAGACGAUCGAGACCUGGGAGGCCUGCUACGCCGAGGGCGUCCGCGGGGCCGAGGUCAAGACGGAGGUGCCCCCCUCUGUGCAGAGGCUGCACGACAAGUCCCUCACCCACGGCCGCGACAUCCUCGCCCAGGCGGACGAGAGGGACAGGAAGAGGUGGCUAUCCAAGGACGGCACCGACUGGUCGGGAGCAUUCGGCGACGAUCCGAGUGCCCUCCUGGCCAACAAGAAGAGGGGCUCUCGUCGGGACUCGCCAGACGGCAGCGACGGCAGCUAUCACGAGGAAGAGUCGGACGACGAUGACGGCGACGACGAUGACGGUGCGAGCGCCCCCGACGCGGAGAACACGUCCCAUCCAUCCGAGGAUGCGGGCCGGUCCAGGACCAGCAGGGAGGAGGCGGAGUCCGGUGACGACGGGGAGGACGGUCACGGUCCCCUGAGCGCGUACAGGAACUACCGCACGCAGAGCAGGGAUCUGCACCGCAGACACAGAGGUCUCAUGCAGUGGCGUCCCAUGCGAAACGUGCAGUUUGCAAAGGAUGAGGCCAAGUUUGCUAUCAGAAAGGUUACAAAGCUAGGCUCUCUGAGCGGGAGGCAACCUGAUGUCGAGACGGAGAUUUAG